CUUAGUUCGGAAAGUGAGAGCGUUUGAAUCGGUUCACCCGCCUGUGCGAUAUUUCUCGGUACUUUAUCAAAUUUGCGACUUUUUGAAGUCAAAUCGCAUACGCACCAACACGUCGUGUCUCCGGUUGUGUUCCUGUUCCUAGUGAAAUAACAGCUUGAGAAAAAAAAGAAAAAUGCCCGAAGACGUUAGCAUGUCCGAUACCGGCGAGGUGGAGACUUUCGCCUUCCAGGCAGAGAUCGCUCAGUUGAUGAGCCUAAUCAUCAACACCUUCUAUUCCAACAAGGAGAUUUUCAUCCGAGAAUUGAUCUCCAACUCGUCCGAUGCACUGGACAAGAUCCGAUAUGAAUCUCUUACGGACCCAACCAAGCUAGACACGUGCAAGGAAUUAUUCAUCAAGAUCGUCCCAAACAAGAAUGACCGUACUCUGACCAUUCUUGAUUCCGGCAUUGGUAUGACCAAGGCUGAUCUUGUAAACAACUUGGGUACCAUCGCCAAAUCUGGCACUAAGGCAUUCAUGGAGGCUCUGCAAGCUGGCGCCGAUAUUUCCAUGAUCGGACAGUUUGGUGUUGGUUUCUACUCGGCGUAUCUUGUCGCGGACAAGGUCAUUGUCAUUUCGAAACACAACGACGACGAGCAGUACCUCUGGGAAUCUUCCGCCGGUGGUUCGUUCACGGUACGUCCCGACAACGGCGAGCCGAUUGGACGGGGCACCAAGAUCAUCCUCCAUAUCAAGGAAGAUCAAACGGAAUAUCUGGAAGAGUCGAAGAUCAAGGAGAUAGUCAAGAAGCACUCGCAAUUCAUUGGCUAUCCCAUCAAGCUCGUUGUAGAGAAGGAGCGUGAUAAGGAAUUGAGCGAGGAUGAGGAGGAGGAGCCGGCAGCGAAGGAGGAGGGAGGCGAGACUGAGGACGAGAAGCCCAAGAUCGAAGACGUUGGCGAAGAUGAGGAGGAGGACAAGCCCAAAGAUGAGAAGAAAAAGAAGAAGAAGACCAUCAAAGAGAAAUACACUGAGGAUGAGGAGCUGAAUAAGACCAAGCCGAUCUGGACGAGAAAUCCGGACGACAUUACCCAGGAGGAAUACGGCGAGUUCUACAAGAGCUUAACCAAUGACUGGGAAGACCACUUAGCGGUGAAACACUUCUCUGUAGAAGGCCAGUUGGAAUUCCGUGCCCUCCUCUUCAUUCCUCGUCGCGCGCCCUUCGACUUGUUCGAGAACAAGAAGAGGAAGAACAACAUCAAGCUGUAUGUACGACGUGUCUUCAUCAUGGACAACUGCGAGGACUUGAUCCCGGAGUACCUGAACUUCAUCAAGGGUGUCGUGGACAGCGAGGACUUGCCCUUGAAUAUCUCUCGUGAGAUGCUGCAGCAAAACAAGAUCUUGAAGGUGAUCAGAAAGAAUCUCGUGAAGAAGUGCCUGGAGCUCUUCGAGGAGCUGUCGGAGGACAAAGAGAACUACAAGAAGUGCUAUGAGCAAUUCAGCAAGAAUCUGAAGCUCGGCAUCCACGAGGACAGCCAAAACAGGAAGAAGCUGUCGGAGCUGCUUCGUUACCACACUUCUGCGUCUGGCGAUGAAAUGUGUUCGCUCAAGGACUAUGUCGGUAGAAUGAAGGAGAACCAAAAGCACAUUUACUACAUCACCGGUGAGAGCAGGGAGCAGGUAGCCAACAGCUCGUUCGUCGAGCGUGUCAAGAAGCGCGGUUUCGAAGUCGUCUACAUGACCGAGCCGAUCGACGAGUACGUCGUGCAGCAGCUGAAAGAGUUCGACGGCAAGCAGCUGGUGUCCGUCACUAAGGAGGGCCUGGAGUUGCCGGAGGACGAGGACGAAAAGAAGAAGCGAGAGGAGGACAAGGCCAAGUUCGAGAAUCUCUGCAAGGUCAUGAAGGACAUCCUAGACAAGAAAGUGGAAAAGGUGGUGGUAUCCAACAGGCUGGUCGACUCGCCUUGCUGCAUCGUCACCUCGCAAUACGGCUGGACGGCGAACAUGGAGAGGAUUAUGAAAGCGCAGGCACUUCGUGAUACAUCCACCAUGGGUUACAUGGCUGCAAAGAAACAUCUGGAGAUCAACCCGGACCAUCCGAUCAUGGAGAACCUGCGGCAAAAGGCGGAGGCGGACAAGCACGACAAGUCCGUCAAAGACUUGGUUAUGCUGUUGUUCGAGACCGCCCUGCUCUCGUCCGGCUUUGCCCUCGAAGAUCCGCAGGUGCAUGCUUCCAGGAUAUACAGAAUGAUCAAGCUCGGCCUUGGCUUCGACGACGACGACGCGCCGAGCGCCGAGGACGAGAAGAUGGACACGGAAGUGCCGCCUUUGGAGGGUGAUUCGGAGGAGGCGUCGAGGAUGGAGGAAGUAGAUUAAGCCACGUUCUACGAGACGUUGUAAUAAGACUUCUAUCGAAUCCAAAGACUUCGACCUAGACGAUAGAAACAGCAAAAGAGACUGUCUUUAAUUAAUUAAUUCUGCCAUUUGCCGGGAUCUUCGUUUUUAAUUUCAGUUAGAAUAGUGAAUAUCGUUUGUUUGUGUUCGUCACUCAUGAUAUCCUCUCCGGUUCGUUCAUCGCGCUCGUGCAGGGCGAUGCCGUGUUGUGCGCUUACUUAGAGAGAUACACGAGAAUUGUUAACGAGCGGUUAUCGACACGAUCCUGUAUAGUUUAAACCGGUAAUGCGUGUAACAUGCGCGUCGAUUUAACGCACCCUUGGGACUCGCCUCGCCGGGGACCCCUGUCGCUUGGAUUCUCCCACGUCUUCUUCGCAGUUGAAUUCACCUUCCACUUUAGAGUGACCAUUACAAUUUUUUUUUAUACUUUUGCGUAUUUACAAUUUAAUGUUUAGCACUUCAUCAUUCCAUGGCGACGUCAUAAAUUGCACCCUUAUGUAAUAAGGUUGUAAGAAUUUCAUGCGCAAUAAAGUAUCAUUACGAAUUAAACAUGCUGUGUUCCGAGACAAAAUUAAAAGGCGAAUAACCAAUCAAAUGGUGGUUGAUAAUACGAAUAGAUUCGAAUUGAAGCGAAAAGGCCUUGUGUACUCAAUACAAGGAUGUGUAUUAGUAUUGUCAUUCUAUGUUUGGUUUGUGUAGCUCUCAGCUUGUCCUCCAGGUUUAUCGAUUUUCUAGUUUACCUCUCACCUCUUCCCGUAUAAUAUUAGAUUCUUGUUUAAAGUGUCUUUAAUAUUUUUGCUGGUUUUUAUCCAUUUUUUAACUUUUAAUUCAAGUUGAAAGUUAAUUUACGUCAAGUCAAUGUAUGUAUAUGUUUUUUUUGCACAAGUAACUUUUGUAGAUUAAAUUUAUGUGAGAUAAUGAAAAGUCUUUACAAGAAAAUGUUUGUUUCGUUCCCAAGAUUCUAUACAAAAAAGAGCACUAGUGCUCAGAAAGAUGAAAAUAUUUCUGACAUUUUUUAUUUUUCUCAUUCUCUAUUUUAAGCAGCUCGACGCAAUGAUUUUAAUAUUGACGCGUCAUUUUAACUUAUAUAAGAAAAAAUUAAUGUAUUUUAAGUUAAAACUUAACUCAGUUGAAAUUAACUAAGUUAAAUAAAAAGUUAGCAAGUUCCCAACUUGACUUUUAAUUGAUUAACUCGUUACUACCCAACCUUAUGGCAGUUUGAAAUAAGAUAAUCAUAAUGAAUCAAUAAAGAUUAAAUAUUUUA